AUGGAGCAAAUAGAUCCUAUUAAGAUUGACGCUAUUGAGCGCGUUGACACUGAGUCCGUCCUUGUGGAGGACAAUGCCAACCAAAAGAAAAAUUUCGGAACUACAGUUACGGCAUUGCUUAAAAGAUACAGUGCUAUAGUAGUUAUAGUGCUUGCAGCUGCAUUGUUCAUAACGACAUUCGUAGCAAUAGUGUUGUCGUCAGGAAGAAGCACUGUAAAAAAGAACAAAGAGUUGUUGUCCAAAGAAUUUGAAAAACUAGAAUUCGAUAACUUUGUAACCAUUAAGGAUCAGAAAGAAGAAGACUUUACAAAGAUGGUCGCAGAAGUGCUCUACAAAGUGGCCAUUGAAUUUGAUCCGAAGGAAGAGGCACUGAUUUACCUGCAAUAUAACCAGUUCAACAAAGACUACUCAAGAAAACACACCUCUUACCGCCAUAAAAAAUCAGCCUUCACAAACUAUAGAUAUAACCUUAACGAAAUCAACCAACAUAACAGGAAGGAAGGAGUGAUGUACACGAAGAGAAUGAACAGAUUUGGCGACCUGAGCGCAAAGGAAUUUAUGAAAAAGUACACAAUGAAGCUGUCGUUGAACCUCCCAAAGGAUAAGCCAGUUGCAUACAACAACGAGAGGCCAAUGUCAGUUGACCUGAGAGCACACGGAUUUGUUACACCUGUUAAGGCACAGCAGGAAGGAGAGUACUCGUGGGCGUACUCGACAGUCGCAGUCGCAGAGUCCUUUGUUAAAAAGACGACUCAAAAGACCGUAAGCCUCAGUGAGAAUCAGCUCGUGGACUGCGUACAAACAAAGGGAACUCCGAACAACCCUGUCCUCGGUUACAAGUACGUGAAGGACCUUGGCCUCUACAAAAGUGAGUCCGUCGAAAGAGCAAAGACCAAAUGCCCAGACCUCAACGAAGAAAGAUUUAAACUCCCUUCAUACUCGUACAGCUACGACCCGGACCUCGUUGCACUGAUGCUCAACGCAGGACCAUUGACUGUGCCUGUUGCUCUUAACGAUGAGUGGCAGUUCUACGCCGACGGAACGAUGAACGUGUGCGGACCAGAACUUAACCACUUCGCAACACUGAUCGGCGUGAGCUUCGACGAAAAGGGUAACCACUGGAUACUCAAAAACUCGUUCGGUCAGGACUGGGGCUCGAAGGGAUAUGUGCUCCUGGAGCGCAACAGCGAAGAGUACAAAAACAACUGCGCCUCGCAAAAUAAAGAUUUAAUACUUAAACUGAUGAAAUAUAACCUGGCGAAGAUGGGCACGCCGUCACUUUAA